CCAGCUGUGGGAUUCGAAGAUCUCAGCUGGCUGGCUGUGUUCUAAGAACAAAGCAGAAGGCAGCAGGGUUUGCCGGCUGUGUGGGUACGGUAAGAGAUCAGGAGAGGACAAGGGGGCCGGAGGAGGCUGGCGUGCAGAGUUUUAGACCGUGAACCAGGUGAAUUUUGCAGCAAUAGAAGCACAGGGCAGGCAGCCCUUUUGUGCGAGGAAGAGAUUCCAGCCAUUUGAGAAAAGAAAUGAGGGAAGAGGAAGCCCGGACGACUCACUUACCCUUUCCAUGAUCCAGAAAGGAAAUCGCCACCCCUGCCUUUCCAGGCCAGGGACCUCAGGUCUGGAAAGAACCGCCCACAAUCACGCAGAUACUUGGCUUCCAAGUUCAAUUGGCUGCCACGCCCCAGGUGUGUGUGUGGGAAACUCGGUCCCCAACCUCCCAGCCGCCACCUAGCAGCUCUCUGGCCUUGGCACCAGGCAGGUGCGCUCAACAGGCUGCAGCCUGGGCCACCUGGCAGCUCCAGGUGCUGUGAUCUUGCUGCCAUGGAGACGGCUUGGUGGUGAGAAGGCAGUUUCCCAAAGCUUUGUGGAUUCAGGAGAGGGAGAGACUAGAACCUUAGGCACUUGUGAGUAUUCUGCCUGAUCCCGCUGCAGUCCGCACAAGCCCAGGACAUCCCCUGUGAGGCCUCCCAGUGUGGUCUGAGGAUGACCGAGCCCCAGGGCCGGGAGCUAGAGGCUGAGUGUCCUGUCUGCUGGAACCCCUUCAACAACACGUUCCAUACCCCCAAAGUGCUGGACUGCUGCCACUCCUUCUGUGUGGAAUGCCUGGCCCACCUCAGCCUGGUGACUCCGGCCCGGCGCCGCUUGCUAUGCCCGCUCUGUCGCCAGCCCACCGUGCUGGCCUCAGGGCAGCCAGUCACUGACUUGCCCACGGACACUGCCAUGCUAAGCCUGCUCCGCCUGGAGCCCCACCACGUCAUCCUGGAGGGUCGGCAGCUCUGUCUCAAGGACCAGCCUAAGAGCCGCUACUUCCUGCGCCAGCCUCGGGUCUACACACUGGACCUAGGCGUCGAGUCUGGGAACCAGACUGCACCUUCCCAGGACACUGCCCCAGCCACCAGGCCUAUGCCCAUCCCCAUCCCCAGCCACUAUUCUCUGAGGGAGUGUUUCCGCCACCCUCAAUUCCGCAUCUUUGCCUACUUGAUGGCUGUCAUCCUCAGUGUCACUCUGCUGCUCAUCUUUUCCAUCUUUUGGACCAAGCAGUUCCUUUGGGGCGUGGGCUGAGCACUCUGUUUCUGGAGGAGGAACCAGGCCUUUCUCAGUGGCUGCUGGGGCUGGGGAUGCAGAGCCUUAUUUGGUGUUGUCUUCCUUUGUAGUAUUUUAUGAUCCAGAGAUCGGUUAGGCCCUGUUUGCUUCUGGGAGCAGAGAAGGCCCUAUCGUGGGUGCACGUGGGCGGGGUUGGGGGAUGAAGCGAAGGGCUAGGAGGCAUGAAGAGCUCUGAGUGUGAACCAGGGGUUGUAUGGCUAUAGAGCCACAUAGCAAGUUGUGCCAAAGGGCUGGACAAUGGUAUCCAGCGACCUGACUAAUCCAAAUAGCAAGCCGUAGCUCUCCCUGGAGCUGUUUUGGACUCAGUUCAUGUUUUUAUUUUAUUUGCUCUUUUCAUUAUGUGUUGCUAAAAUGUUUGGAAAGUAAGUUUGAAUUCUGUGAGAAAAUGUGCUUGUCUCCCCUUUUCAGCUUUCUCCUUGGAUGUCUUUCCACCAGUCCCAGUAAAAAACGGUCUGCAUUCCUUAAUUCCUUCAUUUAUUCAUUCUACAACCAUUAAUUGGGCAGGUACUGAGUGCAGAAGGGAAGAAAAGUGUAAGAUUACCCACUGGUGGCUGAUGGCCUCCAGCAGCAGGGAAGACGCACUGUCAGCUGCUUCUUACACAGGACAACCUCUUGUCAGCGUGCAGUUCAUGGAGUGUUGGGAGAUAAGAGUCUAAAGGUGAAGAAGCCAAGAUCAGUGGAUUAGGAAUCUGGGAUUUGGGCUGGAGUUGUAGUUCAGUAGUAGAGCAUUUG